AUGGGUCAUUUGAUUAAUUGUAUCCCUGCUAAUGUUAAUUUUCAUUCUGACUAUUUGCUUCGUGAGUUGAUUACAAAUGAGGGUACAUGGAACCUUGACCUUUUGCAGGUUUGGCUACCAGAGGAUCUUAUUCGACACAUUGUGGGCAUUCCCCCUCCACACCCUUCGGAGGGACUUGAUAGACUUUCUUGGCGUCACACUUUGAUAGGAGCAUUUUCCAUUAAAAGUGCUUAUAAGAUGAUGAAGGAAGACUCAUGGAAUUCUAAAAAUGAGAUAUGGAAGAGGACGUGGAAGCUCACGAGACCACAAAGAGUUCGGUUCUUUUUCUGGACUGUUCUUAAGAAGAGAUUACUCACAAAUGCAAAAAGAGUCAGGCGCGGUUUAGAGGUGAAUCCUUCUUACCCAAUCUAUGGACACGAUUCAGAGGAUAUAUGCAUAUUAUUAGAGAUUGCACAACAGCUAAAGAAGUCUGGAAACAAGUCGUACCAAGUAAUCAAUAGUUAA